AUGAUUGAUUCAUCCAUCAUCCAUCAGCCUGGGCUCGUCCACCUGCUCCAGCCUCUCCAUGCAGACGAGUCCGCCGUUCUGGUAAGCCUCGGCCGGCGAAAUGGGCCCUGGGCAGUCGGGCCCUCGACCCGACGACCAUCAGUACCAACCGUGCGCCCGGCUCAGUCUGCCGGUGGCCGGCCUCGGACCGAGGGAGUUGUGGCCAGACGCGACCGGACCUGGCCGCAGUCGGUCAUAUCGCGAGCCCACGCCUCGACGCCUCCCGAUCUCGCGACCGGACCCGCCUCGGGUGCGCCCGGGGGCGCAGACUCCACGUCGAGCUUCCUCCUGCCAAGAAGCUGCGACCUCUCGGAGGCGUUCAACGAACCGCCGACAGCCUCCAAGUCCAGGCGUCGGUGUUCUCGGGCCGCCUUCCUCACAACCGACGUACAGCAGUUGGCUCACUUCGACUCGCAAGAAGAGAGGCCUUUUCAUUGCCAAUUUCCUGUUCAGCCAGUUUGCAUCCGGAACGAAGAAGGAUGUCUCGUAAACGCUGUCAACUGGAACUUUGUAUUUAAGCCAAACGACUGCAGUACAACGGGAAUCAGCUGUCGUCUUCUGGAGAGCUCGACCUUUGAAUUUCUUCCUCAUACGCUUUCAUACGAAAUGACAGUCCUCUCGGCAAUGUCAUCUCAGAUGGUUCGCCGAAACCCAGUUGCAAACUGGUUCUCAAGCCUUCUUCAAGUUCGCCCCUCUCUGGCUUGA